UUAAGUACCAAAAUAUAUUUAUAUUAAUAUCUCACUGCUCAAAUAUACAGUGAGAGACUUGAGAAAUGGAGGCUUGCUCUUGGCAUGUUAGGGUUCUUGUUGUGGCGUUGUGUCUACUGCCUUUGGCUAGUGAAGGAAGAACAAGGCACUAUAAGUUCAAUGUGAUGGAGAAGAAUUACACUCGGCUUUGCUCCACCAAAUCCAUCGUCACCGUCAACGGCAAGUUCCCCGGCCCAACUCUCUACGCUCGCGAAGGAGACAACGUCCUCGUCAAGGUCGUCAACCACGUCGACCGCAACGUGACAAUCCACUGGCAUGGCGUGAGGCAGUUGCUCACGGCGUGGCACGACGGUCCGGCGUACAUAACCCAGUGCCCCAUCCGGCCAGGAGGCAGCUUCGUUUACAACUUCACCAUCACCGGCCAGCGCGGCACCUUGCUCUGGCACGCCCACAUCCUCUGGCUUCGAGCCACCGUCCAUGGCGCCAUCGUCAUCCUCCCCGAGCUGGGCGUCCCGUAUCCCUUCCCCGCCCCCGAUGAAGAAUCCAUCCUCGUCUUGGCGGAGUGGUGGAAAUCGGACACUGAAGCCGUCAUCAACGAAGCUCUUAAAUCAGGGCAGGGCCCCAACGUUUCUGACUCACACACCAUUAAUGGCUACGCCGGCGGCCCUGUUUCCGCCUGCUCUUCCUCCAGAAAAGAUGGAUUCACGUUGGUGGUGGAGCAGGGGAAGACGUACUUGCUCCGCCUCGUCAACGCGGCGCUCAAUGAGAACCUCUUCUUCAAGGUCGCCGGCCACCGGCUCACCGUCGUCGAGGUUGACGCGACCUAUGUCAAGCCCUUCGCCACUGACACAAUCCUUAUCACCCCCGGCCAGACCACCAACGUCCUCUUCUCCGCCGACCAAGGCAGAGGCGGCCGCUACCUCGUCACCGCCUCCCCGUUCUCCGACUCACCCCUCGUCGCGGUCGACAACAGAACUGCCACGGCGACGUUGCAGUACUCUAACUCGGCCUCCACCGCCUCGCUCACCGCCGCCGCUCUCCCCCCGCAGAAUUCCACCACCACCGCUUCCGGCUUCCUCGACGCCCUGCGCAGCCUGAACUCAAGGGCGUACCCGGCGCGGGUGCCGGCGCCGGUGGACCGGUCUCUGAUGUUCACAGUGGGGCUGGGCACCAACCUGUGCGCGAGCUGCGUCAACGGGAGCAGAUUGGUGGCGGGAUUGAACAACGUGACGUUCACCAUGCCGACCACGGCGCUGCUCCAGGCGCACUACUUCAACGUGAGCGGGGUGUUCACCGACGACUUCCCCGGUCAUCCGCCGGUGGCGUUUAACUACACCGGCAGCGGGCCAAACAAUACGCAGACCAUGAACGGGACGAGGCUGUACAGGCUGCCGUACAACGCGUCUGUUCAGCUCGUGCUGCAGGACACGGGGAUCAUCGGGACGGAGAGCCACCCUGUUCACCUCCAUGGCCACAACUUCUUCGUCGUCGGGAGGGGCACAGGCAACUACGACACCACCGCGUCCCCGCCCAAGUUUAACCUCGUCGACCCGGUCGAGAGGAACACCAUGGCUGUCCCCGCCGGCGGCUGGAUCGCCAUCAGAUUCAUAGCCAACAACCCAGGCGUCUGGUUCUUGCACUGCCAUUUCGAGGUGCACACCACAUGGGGGCUAAAGAUGGCGUUUGUCGUCGACGAUGGUGACGGCCCGAACGAAUCGCUUCCGCCGCCGCCCAAGGAUCUUCCUUCCUGUUAAUUAAUUAAUUAAUUAAAGAUGAACGUACAAAGAAGACGAUCGAAAGAUCUGGAUUUGCUUUUGUAAUUCGCUUUAGUUGGUUUUGGGAAAUUGGGAAUUUGGCUGCAGUUAAUGCAGAUCGUGUCAUGUUAAGCAUUUUAUGGUCAAAUAAUUUAGUCACAUCAAAUAU